AUGGAAUAUAACGAGACGAACACGACCGAAGCCGCCGACCGCAGCGACGUCCUCUCGCGCUGGUGGACGGUGGCCAUCGUUGUGCAGCUGGUCACCUGCGUCCUUGGUGUUGUGGGGAGCGUCCUGUGUAUCUAUUGCGUGAGACUCUCCAAGAAAAUGCACAAGGGAAUGGCUCUUCAGUUCUACCUGUUGUUCAUAACGAUCUUCAUCAUCUGCCUGGUUACUCUUCCGACCUCUGUGGUGGACGAGUACCUCACACUGAUUGGCUGGCAAGAUGAGCACUCGGGUGUUUACAUCGUUCUCCAUCUCCUCAUGUGCUUUGAGCGCAGCGUCUUCGGCCUCAUUGCUGUUUACAGGUUGAUGGAGAUAUGUUUCCCAGUGCCGUUCAGGCUGCUGUCCCGUCCCGUCGUGGUCCUCACCGUGGAACUGGUUCUGUUUCUGAUAAUCUUCGCUUUAUGGAUUAUUGAGAUCCGGCAAGAGGAAAACGUCCAAACUGACAUGGGGGAUCUAGUUGAGAGUGGCAAAAGAUUUUCAAUGGACUGUUUCACUCUGGGUAUACUCUUUGCCGUCACAAACCCCGCAUAUGCCAGAAUGCUUGUGGUCCGCACCCUCAAGACGCGGGCAGCAUCCGCGGGCGAGGGGCCAGCGAGCCUCGACAGCGUCAGCUUCGCCGUGGGCAUCACCAUCCUCGUCAACAUCUUCCUCGACGUCCUUUACUUCGUCAUCCACUUCUGCGUGACCAGGUCGACGGACUUCAGCUUCGUGAUCAUUCGCAUGAUCUACAGGCUACACUUCGCCCUCGACCCGCUCUGCUUCGUGGUCUUCAACAGGCAUUACCGGAAGGAGAUUAAGACGAGGGGCCUUGCCUGGCUGCAGAACCAGGCCUCUCGGCUCCCGACCUUCGCUUCCAACGCCUGGCGCUCCUCGACCUAGGGUGCGGCGGGCCUUCCGCUUUGCCAACACACACACACACACACACACACACACACACAC